UAGAUAAAACGGUUUAGUUUGGCCGGGAAUCGUGACAGGUGAAAUCUGAAUGGCUGUGACUGCUCCGGCACUGAACCUGCAACUCCUUUGUUUCUCAAACCUAAAGAUAAGAGCAAAGUCAAGGCCAUGGUUUCCUCAAAGAGCAACCCUUUCGAAUUCUCAAAAGAAAGAUCCUAACUUCAUACUUUCUUGCUCUUCGUCUCAAACUUCACAGUCCCCUGAGGCCAAUGUCCAGACUGCAGAGUCUUGUGUAAACCUUGGGCUGUCCUUCUUCUCCAAAGGACGCGUUAAAGAUGCUUUAGUCCAGUUCGAAACUGCACUUAGUUUAGAUCCAAACCCUGUGGAAGCCCAAGCUGCUCUCUAUAACAAAGCCUGCUGUCAUGCCUAUCGAGGGGAAGCAAAGAAAGCUGCUGAUUGUCUCCGUGCUGCUUUGAGAGACUACAACCUCAAGUUUGGUACAAUUCUCAAUGAUCCCGAUCUGGCCUCCCUUAGAGCAUCGCCUGAGUUCAAGGAAUUGCAAGAAGAGGCCAGGCUGGGUGGAGAAGAUAUAGGCUACAGCUUUCGAAGAGAUCUCAAACUUAUCAGUGAAGUCCAAGCCCCGUUUCGAGGCGUUAGGAGGUUUUUCUAUGUGGCAUUCUCUGCAGCUGCUGGAAUUUCGCUGUUCUUCACUGUACCCAGGCUAAUUCGUGCUAUUAAAGGUGGCGAUGGUGCUCCUGAUAUUUGGGAAACUGUUGGCAAUGCUGGCAUAAAUAUUGGAGGUAUCAUUGUUCUCGUGGCAUUAUUUUUCUGGGACAACAAGAAGGAGGAAGAGCAACUUGAACAAAUAUCCCGAAAUGAAACUCUCUCUAGGUUGCCUUUACGCCUUUCCACCAAUCGGAUCGUUGAACUUGUGCAGCUACGAGACACCGUUAGGCCAGUUAUUUUAUCAGGAAAAAAAGAAACUGUUUCUUCGGCUAUACAAAAGGCUGAGAGAUUUCGAACUGAGCUCCUCAGACGAGGUGUUCUUCUAGUUCCUGUCAUUUGGGGUGAAAGUAAAACACCACAAGUGGAGAAAAAAGGUUUUGGUGUUUCUACUAAGGCAGAUGCUGCUGCUCUUCCUUCUAUUGGGGAGGACUUUGAGAAACGAGCACAGUCUAUAACUGCAAAAUCAAAGCUGAAAGCUGAAAUUCGAUUUAGAGCUGAGGUUGUAUCACCUGAAGAAUGGGAGAGUUGGAUCAGGGAUCAACAAGAGGCUGAAGGAGUUACUCCUGGUGAGGAUGUGUACAUAAUUCUGCGCCUUGAUGGUCGAGUUCGAAGAUCAGGAAAAGGAAUGCCUGAUUGGUCACAAAUAGUGCAGGAGCUGCCACCAAUGGAAGCAUUGCUAAGCAAACUUGAAAGAUAGAAUUUGUGUUGUCAACCCUUAUAUUAUGUGCUUCAAUCUGUGAUGCUAGUCUUUCUUGUUUCUGAUUAUUUCUGCAUUAGACAAGCUUUCGAUUUUCUGAGUUCUUUUACACAACAGGGGAUUCUAAAUC